AUGCAGAGAGCCAAUCACUCCACAGUGACUCAAUUCAUUCUUGUGGGCUUCUCCGCCUUCCCCCACCUCCAGAUGAUGCUCUUCCUGCUGUUCCUGCUGAUGUACCUGUUCACGCUGCUGGGCAACCUGCUGUCCGCGCAGCGCUCCAUCGCCUUCCUGGCCUGUGCCAGUCAGAUGUUCUUCUCCUUCAGCUUCGGCUUCACCCACUCCUUCCUGCUCACCGUCAUGGGCUACGACCGCUACGUGGCCAUCUGCCGCCCCCUGCGCUACAACGUGCUCAUGAGCCCGCGGGGCGGCGCCUGCCUGGUGGGCUGCUCCUGGGCUGGUGGCUCCGUCAUGGGGCUGGUGGUGACCACGGCCAUUUUCCACCUCACCUUCUGUGGACCCAGUGAGAUCCACCAUUUUGCUUGCCAUGUGCCACCUCUGUUGAAGUUGGCCUGUGGAAAUAAUGUACCUGCUGUGGCCCUGGGCGUGGGCUUGGUGUGUAUCACGGCCCUGCUGGGCUGUUUUCUCCUCAUCCUCCUCUCCUAUGUCUUCAUCGUGGCCGCCAUCUUGAAGAUCCCUUCUGCUGAAGGCCGGAACAAGGCCUUCUCCACCUGUGCCUCUCACCUCACUGUGGUGGUCGUGCACUAUGGCUUUGCCUCUGUCAUUUACCUGAAUCCCAAAGGUCCCCAGUCUCUGGAAGGUGACACCUUGAUGGGCAUCACCUACACGGUCCUCACGCCCUUCCUCAGCCCCAUCAUCUUCAGCCUCAGGAACAAGGAACUGAAGGUCGCCAUGAAGACCUUCUUCAGUAAACUCUACCCAGAAAAAAAUGUAACGAUCUAGGAGAAAUUCACUGAGCACAACUAAAUUGGAUUACCGAAGGCUAUUGUUAAAAAUUAC